GCUUUUUUGCUCUUCUGUAUUUGGAGUGCAAUAUUUUCACCUUCACAUUAAUGAGGAUGAGCAGCAGAUACGUUUAUGUUCGCAACUGAGCUUCUAUUUCUUGAAGCCCGCCAAUAGAACUUCAGAAGGGUGAUUUAGCAAAGGACCUAAUUCUUCAGAAAAAAUAAAAAAUAGAGGAGACGAG